GAUAAGGGAGACAAUAACUUCCUCUUUGUGUGGCUGAGUUGCCAAACAGAACUACACAGAAAAUCUUCACAAGACAAGCUGUCAGCAUGGACCAAGACAUGGUUGGAUACAUUGUUCUUCUGGUGAUUGUCACCCUCCUAAGUGUCAUCCAAAAUGCCUUUUUUGCAAACAAAGUGGAACAGGAAAGCAAAACCAACACAGGCAAAACAAAUCAGAAGUGUUGUCCAUCCACCUUUGACCGUGUCUUUACUGCCAACCAAAAUUGCAGAGAUGCAUAUCCUACCUUUCUUGCUGUCCUUUGGUGUGCUGGCCUGUUGUGCAGCCAAGUUGCGGCUGCCUUUGCUGGAUUGAUGUAUUUGUUUGUGAGACAAAAAUACUUUGUUGGCUACAUGGGAGAAAGGACCCAGAGCACUCCUGGUUACAUCUUUGGAAAACGCGUCAUAUUUUUUCUGUUCUUGAUGUCUGUUGCUGGAGUCCUCAAUUAUUACCUGGGUGUCUUUUUUGGAAGUGACUUUCAAAUAUAUAUAAAAACUAUAACCAAUACUAUCUCUCCACUAUUGCUCAUUCCUUAAAUCCUUGUAGAAUUGAAGGUGAGAUAGCACAGAAGAGAUGUUUGUACUUAGCCAAUCAAUAUUUGGAGGAAAAAGGUUGAAAUGGAUGCAUAAAUCUCCUCUUAGAUUGCCAUAAAUCUAAUGCUCCUAGACUUGUAGUUUUGAUUUAACACAGCUUUUUUCAUCCUACAAGAAAGUGAUUUAUUGUACCCAAUCAGCAGAUUUGUGGUUGGAGAAGAAGUUAUAGAACUCACCAUAGGUUUAGUCACUGUAGUUUUCUAUUAUUUUUGUUUUAUUUACUUUGCUUUUAAUAUAAGAUAAAAAGAAAUGUGUCUGAUUUUACAUCAAAAUGUCCAUUGAUUGUCAGUCAUUAUCAGUCAAAUUCAGGUUGUUCUUCAGAGUAUAGAUUCAAUCGCUAGGUAAUUAUCCUCAACCCAGAGAGUUUAAUUUAAUAAUAAAACAGAAAAUAAGACCUUUAGCUGGAUUGUUUUGCAUCAUGUUGGCAUUUAAAAUAAAGUUGUUCAUAAUGAUGAAAUUAGUUCUGUAGUCUGUAUACUGUGAUCAUAUGUAUUUCUCAGAGCAUAGUACUGGAUGUAAUAUUGUGCACACAAAACAGGCAAAUCACUGACAUUAAUAUUGUUUUUUUCAAAUGGCCUAUAUUUUGAGAUAAACUGAUGCCAUUAUAUUUUCCACUAUACAAAUUGUUUUCACAUUUGUAUGUCUUGCAGAAUAUGUCUUUGUAUUUGCCUUUUCAGAUGUAGUCUGUAUAUGAAACGAUAGUUGCAGAAGGAAUCCACGAAGUGUUAGCUGAAAAAUAAAUUAUAU